AUGGGUAAAAGAAAAUUAAAAAUCAACAAUUCUCACGCUAAACAUGAUAUGGAAGGUUACAUAAACUCAGGACAGUCAACAUUUCUUUUAAAAAACGAUGACACCUUAUUUGACAAAGAAUUAAAUGUUCCCUUGACAAGAAAAGAUAACAGAAGUAUAUUACCCGAGUCAGAAAAGAUCACCGAUGAUAUACAUUUACUGAACAGCUUUGAAACUGAAACUGCACAACUACGUUUUACAAACUUGAUUGAUUCUAACGUAACUAAAUUGCUUUUGAAUGAAGAUGAUAACUUAUUUGAUAAAGUAGUACAUGUUCCCAAGACAAGCGAAGGAAAUAGUAUAUUACUCGACUCUGAGAAGGUCGUUACUGAUGAUAUACAUUUACUGAACAACGUUGAAACUGAAGAUCAACCACAGAACUCCUUUGAAGACUGGAAUUUCGAUAAACUAAUGCAGAAUGAUGAUCCAUACAACUUUGAAAAUGAGACAGUGGAUAUCUUAACAUCUGAAAGUAACCAAAAUUCAAAAACCAAAUACAAUGGACUUAGACCUAAAAAGUCUUGUGUCUUGAAACAAUCAUCUUACUCAGAAAGUUCGGUGCACUCUGAUUAUGAUUCAGAAUCUGACUAUUUACCACCAAAUAUAAAUUUGAAUUGUGAUUCAAGUGAUGAAAUUUCUUAUAAGUCAGACAUCAAUAUAGAUCAGCUUAAUGACAUUCAUUAUUCCGAUAUAUCUCAGCCAUCUACUUCACAUACUACAUUAAAUCAAAAAGACAUACUCAAUAAUGAAGUCAUAGAAUCAACUAAAAUACUUAAAAAGGGAUAUAGAUUUAAUGGUUUAGUUGAGACUUCAAAAAUCAAACAAAUAAGUAAUAAAAGGUCUUGGGAUAAAACAACUAAUUGUAUUUAUUGUGAAAAAAAUGUAACCAAUUUUACAAGGCAUAUUAUAAGGAAUCAUUCUAUGGAAUUUGAAGUCGCUCGGUACCUUUCACUACCUAAAGGUUCAAAUGAAAGAGUUGAACUUGCUGACAAUAUACGGAAAAGAGGUAAUUUCUUAUGUAAUGUUGGAGAGGUAGAAGUUAUCAAACCAGUCAGACGUCCAAAUGAGUUUUCUAAAACAAUUCCUGAUGCCUCAAACUAUUUACCUUGUAAACACUGCUAUGGUAUGUAUAAAAAAAAAUAUUUGUACCGUCACGAAAAAAAAUGUAAAAGUGCUAAGACUAAACAAUUGGGUAGAAAUAGAGCCCAAUCAAAUGCUCAAAAUCUUUUACUUGCAUUUUCAAAUACAGACCAAGAUUUAGUGACAAAAGUAUUUCCUAGAAUGGCCGUAGAUAAUAUUUCAUUUGUAGUAAAGUCUGAUGAAUUGAUCAAAGCGUUUGGGUCGAGAUACUUGAAAAGCCACAGAGAAAAGCACCUUGUUCAUGUUGUCACUCAAAAAAUGAGAACGCUUGCACGUUUACUAAUUCAGAUGCAGUUAGAAUACCCUUCGAUAAAAACGUUACAAGAAUGUCUAGUACCAAAACAUUUUGACCUGAUUGUCAAAUGUACUAAAGCUGUUGCAGGAUAUGAUAUUUCAAAAGAUUUAUAUGGAGCUCCUUCCGUUGUCUUGAAAAUUGGAAAUAUGUUAAAACAAUGCUGUGAUAUUGCUGAAUUUACUUUAUUAAAACAUUGUAAUAAUUUGACACUUGAUGAAGCACAAUCCAGUACGCAAAAGGCAAUAAUAAAUAUGAGGUCCAUUAUAGAAAAACAAUGGUCUUAUGAAGUCUCAACCAACGCCUCUAAAGAGAUAUUACAAAAAAAAUGGAACAAGCCUGCUUUUCUUCCAUUAACAUCUGAUAUACAAUUAUUUAGAAACCAUUUAAUUCAUGUACAAAAUGUAAGUAUACAAGAGCUUAAAAAUAACCCUAAUGAUCAAAAAUCUUUUAAAAAUUUAGAAGAGAGCGUGCUAGCUCAACUUAUUUUACUUAAUAGAAGAAGAUCGGGAGAAGUUCAGAGAUUAUUUAUCAAUACUUAUUUAACAGCACCAACAGAAAUAUCUCAAGAAGAAAUUGAUUUAUCUUUAUCCGAAAUGGAACGCCAGCUCACCAAACAAUUAAAAAGAAUCGUCAUACGGGGAAAAAGAGGUCGCGGCGUGCCCAUUCUUUUUACUCCAACAUUACAAAAAACUAUAACAUUUUUACUCAAAACUAGAGAAGUAGUUGAUUUUAUCGAUGAAAACAACCCAUACUUAUUCGCACUGCCACAUUCAUUAAACUGUAUAAGAGGUUCUGACGCAAUACGAAAACUAAGUGUCGACAGUGGAGCAAAAAAUCCCGAAAACCUCACAUCAACUAAACUACGGAAGCAAGUAGCUACAAUCGCACAAAUUUUAAAUUUAUCUGAUGGUGAUCUUGAACAACUAUCCACAUUUCUUGGCCACUCCAAGGAUGUACAUAAACAAUUUUAUAGGUUGUCAGAAAGCGCCUUCCAAGUAGCUAAAGUUAGCAAAUUGUUAUUGAUGUUGGAGAAUGGGCGAGGUCAGGAAUUUCGUGGAAAAAAUCUCGAUGAAAUUAAUAUAAAUGUUGAUGCAUUAGUAUCUGAUGUUGAAGAUUAUUCAUCAGAAGAUGAUAAACCACUUGAAAGUCAGGAUGCAAAGAAAACAGUUGAAAAUGUUGAAAAUGUUCAAAUGAAAAAAAAAAUCUCUAAUAAAAUUAAAUCAGUGCCUCUUCCUAAGAAAAAUUUGCUUCCAGAUUCUAAGAAGUUUAUAAGGGUGCCUUGGACAGAGGCAGAAAAGAAAGUGACAACAGAAUACUUCCAAAAACAUAUUUUACUUAACAAAGUACCAAAAAAAGAAGAGUGUGAUAACCUUAAGAAACAAUUUCCUGAAAUAAUGAUAAACAAACCA